AUGUCCGACUCUUCGCCCCAGAUUUCCAGGCCCAGCGCCCCGCAUGACACCACAUCGGAUGAGGACGUGUUCUUCGAGCCCCUCAACGGGGAGGUGCAUUUGCACCCCGACGCCCACUCGGACGGAGGGUAUGCCUGCAAUAAUGCGGAACUCAUGAAGCAGCAACGCGGCGCCAUCAUGGAGGUGGUGAAGGGUCUGGGCAAGAAUCUGCUGAUGGGCAACCUGGACCUGCUCAAGGUGUCGCUCCCGGUGCGCAUCUUCGAGCCGCGGUCCUACCUGGAGAAACUGGCCGACCCCUGGGUGUUCCCCCGCUUCCUGGACGCUGCGGCGGACGCGCCCGACCCCCUGCAGCGCCUCAAGUGGGUGGCCACCUACUUUGUCGCGGGGUUCCACCUCGUCUUUGCCACCUGGCGCAAGCCCUUCAACCCCAUCCUGGGCGAGACGUGGCAGGCCUCGCUGCCGGACGGCUCCCACAUCUUCCUGGAGCAGACCUCGCACCACCCCCCCAUCUCCGCCUACCAGCUGUUCGGACCCGGGGCCCGGUAUGUGUACAACGGCGUCAGCGAGCCGACCGUCACCUAUCGCACCUCCGCCGUGUCCACCUGCAGCAAGGGCGCACGGGUCAUGCGCUUCGCUGACGGCGGGGCUGUCACCGUCGACUAUCCGGUCUACGACCUCAAGGGCAUCCUGGGCACGGGCGUGCCCCGCGCCGAGAUCUCUGGCACCGCGCGGUUCGAGGACGCGGCCAACGGGCUGGUGCUGGCCCUGCGCUUCGGUCCCCUCACCGCCGAGUCGGCGGGCGGGGAGGCCGCGCUCCAGCGCAGCGACACGCUCUGCGGCAUCGUCUGCCGCACGCCGGACGGCUGGUCGGGCGCCCCGCCCCUGGACACGGCCGCCCUGCCGCGCCCCAAGGCCGACGCCGGGUCGGGACUGACGGGCAAGGCGUUGCGCUCACUGUCCCUCAGCGGCAGCAGCAAGGGCGUGGACGCGCUGGAGGCCUGGGGGUACCCCAGGGGCGCCGUGCCGCUGUCCGCCUGCCGCGGCAACUGGCUGUCCCACCUGGACUGGGAUGGGGAGCGGGCCUGGGUGCUGGCAGAGGAGGAGCGAGGGGAGUGGGCGCCAGAGGCGGCCCCCCUGCCCAGCGACUGCCGCUUCCGGCGAGACCUGGCGGCCCUGCGCGGCGGGUCGGCCGACCUGGCCGCCGCGCAAGUGGCCAAGGAGUUGCUGGAGACGCUGCAGCGCCAGGACGCUAAGCAGAGGAAGGCGGGGCGCGCUAAGGCGUGA